UGAGUGAGAGAGUCGAGGCGGUGAUGCGAGCUCCCCACUCUUUCCUUCUUGUACAAAAUUUCCUCUUCCUUCCCGUUCGUGGUUGUAUGUCGGCUCUAUAAUAACACAACUAACCACUACAUCUUUACACUCAGAUAAAAACACUAAUUGGUGGCCGCGCACACGCGUAAAAAGAGGAUUUCCAAACGCGCGCGUUUUUUUUUCUUCUCUUUCACGAAUUUGCUGCGUUUAACUGAGCUCGUUCCGAACAAUCCACGGAGCCACAGACAAGCAGCACACGCAGAGGGAAAUUACUGAACAUUUACCGGGAUGACAAACAUUUAAUUAAAGUCACUGGAUGACUUUGCUGGUGCGCGCAGCAGAUGUCCCUGAAGGCGUCAUGGACCGAGCUGGACCUGGAGGAUUCGUUUCCAUCACAGAUUUCUGGAAGCGCUGUCCGUGGUGAGUGAGGAGCAGCCCAUGUUCGAGCCGCCCUACACCCCCGCCGCCCCGGCCAUGCACAUGAAGGCUGAGAUGACGUCACCGCCCGGCGCCUUCAGCAGCCAGACCUCCAAACAGAGCCCCGAGCCCACCGAGCCGGAGUGGGCGGGGCCGGCGGCGCAGAACCCCGGGAAGAGAGGGGAGCACGUCAACGGGACCAGUAGGGAGUCUCCGGUGGACUGCAGCGUGUCCAAACGCUCCAGACACAUGAGCAGUGACGGGGCUCAGAUGUCGUACCAGACCUCGUACCCGGAGCCCCGGGUCAGCCCCCAGACCACCACCCAGACCACCACCCCACCCAGCGCCCCCACCGAGGAGAAGAGGGUCAUCGUCCCGGCAGAUCCGGAGGUGUGGACCCAGGACCACGUGAGGCAGUGGCUGGACUGGGCCAUCAAGGAGUACGUCCUGGAGGAGGUGGACGUCCUGCUCUUCCAGGCGCUCGAUGGAAAGGCCCUGUGCAAGAUGAGCAAGGACGACAUGAUGCGGCUCACGUCGGCCUACAACGCAGACAUCCUGCUCUCGCACCUCAAUUACCUCCGGCAGAGCAGCCCGACGUUCUCGUACCCCACGACUCCCACCAACAACACGCCGCCGCCCCCACCACCACAGCAGCAGCCCAGGCUACAGGUGAAAGCAGAGAGCGGUUUUGAUGAGAUCAGCCGCAGGAACAGCUGGCCGACAAACACCAUGACUGCAGUGCCCAAAGGUUCGUCCAUGGAGCACCAACACAGCACAAGAGUUACAGAGCCUGCACCAAGACUUGUUCAAGACCCCUAUCAGACAUUAGGACCCAUUAGCAGUCGACUAGCUAAUCCAGAAGGAGGCUCACCCAAGAACCGAACGGGCAAACAAAGUCCAUACAAGCUCCCUGACCCCAGCGCUCACAGGCCUGUGGGCUCAGGGCAGAUCCAGCUGUGGCAGUUCCUGUUGGAACUUCUGUCCGACAGCAACAACGCCAACAUCAUCACCUGGGAGGGCACCAACGGCGAGUUCAAGAUGACUGACCCGGACGAGGUGGCCAAGCGCUGGGGCGAGCGCAAAAGCAAACCCAACAUGAACUACGACAAGCUGAGUCGGGCCCUGCGCUACUACUACGACAAGAACAUCAUGACCAAGGUGCACGGAAAGCGCUACGCUUACAAAUUUGACUUCCAGGGCAUCUCACAGGCGCACCAGAAUCACGCCGCCGACAGUGGCAUCAAGUACAGUACCACGCCCGAUAUGACGUACGUCCAGCAAUACCACAGCCACCAGCCCAAAAUGAACUUCAUGAGUGGCCACCCCGCGCCCAUGCCCGUCUCACCCGGCAACUUUUUCGGGCCCCCGUCGACGUACUGGAACUCGCCCAGCAGCCCCAUCUACCCCGGGUCAGCCAUGACCAGACACCCAGCCACCCACUCUCACCUGAGCUCGUACUACUGAGGACGAUGCAUUUCACAGAAUGAGAGGGAACAAGACAGGAGAGGAACCCAAGUGUGCCGGCAAUCACAGGCUCACGAGCUCCGUUCACUGCAACCUGAGCUGAACCCCUUGUCUGAAACGCAGGCGAUAUGACGCUACGGUCCGGUUUGUGAAGGCAUUACGAUGUUGUCUUUGUCACUUUUCUUUCUUCCCUUCCCUAAAAACAAAACAAAAAAAAAAAAAUGUAAAAUAGGACCAUACGUGGGGUAAAUAAACUCCGCUUUUGAACUCUGUGUACACAAGUUUCCUGAAUAUAUCGAAAACAUACUGUAUUAACAGUUCUUCUGUUCUUGUUCUGUUGCUCUUCUAAUAUAAGUGCCUGGUGUGAUGGCGCCUGUUGUAAAGUGUUUGAUAGCGGCGCUGCCUACGUCGCAGGUUGAAACUUAAAAAAAACAAAAAAAAAAAAACAAACAAAAAAAAAAAAAACCUGCAGUUAUCACAAAGACCUGACAUUUUGUAAGAGGGAAAUUGUACAGAAUGAUUGUCAUGUAGCAAUAAACAUAUACACAUCACAUAAAGCUAAUAAAUAACGCCUGUACCUAAAAAACAA